AUGGCCGGCCGGCGCGAGUCGCCCCUGAUGCGCGGCGGCGGGGCCGGGCCGCCGCUGUCUCGCGGGUCCCGCAUCGCCGCGGCGGUCGUGGUCGGCGUCGCACUCGGCUGCCUGUGCGCGUUUCUCUACCCCGACGGCCUCUUCCCCCGCGCCCCCGACUCCGCCAUCCAUUGGCCCCGCCGGGCUGAAUUAGUUGCCUGUGAUACAUCUCGGGAAGUUGGCAGACUAAAGUCACGGCUGGUAUUGUUGGAAAGGAAAAAUGCUGAAUUCAAGAAGCAGAUCAAUGAAUUGUCAAUGAAGCUUCAAUUGGCUGGACAAGGGAAAAAUGAGGCCCUGUAUAAGGCUGGUCCAUUUGGUACAGUGAAAGCUCUGAGAACAAAUCCAACAGUUAUUCCUGAUUUAUCCAUCAAUCCCAGAUUGGCCAACAUAUUGGAACAGGUUGCUGUGAAGAAAGAACUGAUAGUUGCAUUGGCAAACUCUAAUGUGAAAGAGAUGCUUGAGAUGUGGUUCACUAACAUAAAACGAGCUGGGUUUUCAAAUUAUUUAGUAGUUGCAUUGGAUGACAACAUAGAGAACUUCUGCAAGUCCAAUGAUGUCCCAGUUUACCGGCGUGAUCCAGAUGAUGGCAUUGACAAUAUUGGCAAGACAGGUGGAAACCAUGCUGUUUCUGGACUCAAGUUCCGCAUAUUGAGGGAAUUUUUGCAGCUUGGAUACAGUGUUCUCCUCUCUGAUAUCGAUAUCAUUUUCUUCCAAAAUCCAUUUGAUCAUCUUUACAGAGAUUCUGACGUAGAAUCCAUGAGUGAUGGCCACAACAAUAUGACAGCUUAUGGAUUCAACGAUGUGUUUGAUGAGCCUUCAAUGGGCUGGGCAAGAUAUGCACAUACAAUGCGUAUAUGGGUUUAUAAUUCUGGAUUCUUUUUCAUAAGGCCGACAAUUCCUUCUAUUGAGCUUCUUGAUAGGGUUGCUUACCGCCUUUCUCACGAGCCCAAAUCAUGGGACCAAGCAGUUUUCAAUGAGGAGCUGUAUUUUCCCUCACAUCCUGGUUAUGAAGGUCUUCAUGCAUCCAAAAGAACCAUGGAUAUCUACCUGUUCAUGAACAGCAAAGUUCUCUUCAAGACGGUGAGGAAAGAUGCUCAUCUGCGGAAGUUGAUGCCGGUGAUUGUGCAUUUGAACUACCAUCCUGAUAAGUAUGAUCGCAUGAAAGCAGUGAUUGAAUUUUAUGUUAAUGGGAAACAAAAUGCCCUUGAACGCUUCCCUGAUGGAUCAGAAUGA